AUGGCGAACUUUGGGCGGUUCGUGUGCGUGCUGGUGCCAUUCCUGCUGACGCUGGCCGCACUGGCAGCAAUGCUCGUAGCAGGUCUGGCCGGCAUCGCAGACAAGUCGCUGUACAUGUUCCGCGUCAACGUGACCGACCUCCAGCUCUCGCAAAACUCAGUAUCAAGCAUCCUCAAGGGCGAAGGAUUGCCGGACAUCACCAAUGUCGACCUGUCCGGGCUCGGCAUCACCAAACGCCAAGUGCAGGCCGGCAGCACCAACAUCACCGCCAAGGACCUGGGCCUCUACGACAUUUACGACGUCAACGUCUGGAACUUCUGCUACACCGCCGAGAACGGCACCCACGACUGCACGGGCUCCCGCUUCGACUGGGCCGCCAACGAGCUCAACUUGACCGACGGCCGCGACUACAGCCUCGUCACCCCGAACGGCUUCAACGUCACCAUGCCCAAGGAGAUCACCGACGCCGUGCGCGCCUUUGUCAACGUCUCCAAGUGGACCCAGGUCGUCUUCAUCAUCGCCUACGUCGCCCUCGGCGUCGAACUGCUCUUCGGCCUCUUCGCUAACUGCUCCCGGGCUUUCUCCUGCGUCACCUGGCUCGUCGCCGGCUUCGCUGUCAUCGCUACCGGCGCUGCCGCGGGUCUGGCUACCGCCACCUCAGUCAUCAUCGUCGGCGCGGUCGAGGCCUCCGCCGAGAUCUAUGGCGUGCAUGGUUCGCUAAACACUCGCUUCCUCGCGGCUAUUUGGUUGGCCGUGGCGUUUGCGCUGGCGGCGGGUCUGUUCUGGAUGUUUACUAUCUGCUGCUGCAAGCCGGAUCAUCACUCGCGGUCGCACCGGAACCGCGGUGCUGAGUCGGAGAAGUUUAUGGGUGGUGCGGCCGGUGGCGCUGGGUACAGCCGGCUCAGCGAGCCCGGUGGAUAUAACGGUGCGUAUGGCCAGGAGUACCCGCGUCAGGCGUAUGGUGGGCAGAGCGGUGGGGCUUAUGAGCCGUACUCGCAUGCGCGUGUGUAA